CAAAAGGAAUCACACACAUCAAAUUAUAGAAACAUUAAUUAAUUAAUUAAUGGCAAAGAUGACUCUUCCUCCUCUCCUGAUCCUCAUCUUAGGCCUUUCCAUCGCAACACAAUAUUGCUCGGCGGGUGACGUUCUCCUCUCCCCCGAGGCGCUCUAUAGCUACCAGUCCCUAACAAAUGGCCCAUACAGGUUCACAAUGCAGAACGACUGCAACUUGGUUUUGUACGCAUUUGAAAUCGCCAUUUGGGCGAGCAACACCGUGGCGCCAGAGUACGACUGCCGUUGCGUGAUGCAGCGCGACGGCAACCUCGUUGUCUACAACCAGAACAACCGCCCAGUGUGGGUCAGCGGCACCCAUGGGGCCGACGGCAAUUACGCGCUCGUUCUGCAGAAAGAUCGCAAUGUGGUGAUCUAUGGAUCGGCGCGUUGGUCCACUAGUACACAAAAAAGAUCGCAUGGAGCUGCCAUUGUUGCUGUGCAGAAUUCUACAACUGCUGCUGCUGCUGCUGCUGCUGGGGAAGUGAUUGCUGAUGUUGGUGCCAGCGAUGCGCGUUUAAUGGCAAAGAUGACUCCUCCUCCUCUCCUGAUCCUCAUCUUAGGCCUUUCGAUCGCAACACAAUAUUGCUCGGCGGAUGACGUUCUCUUCUCACCCGAGGCGCUCUACAGCGAUAGCCGCCCCUCCCUAAACUAUGGCUAUUAUAAUUUCACAAUACAGAACGACUGCAACUUGGUUUUGUACGAAUCUGGAAACCCCAUUUGGGCGACCAACACAGGUUCACUAGGGAGAAACUGUAGUUGCGUGAUGCAGAGCAACGGCAACCUCGUUGUCUACAACCAGAACAACUACCCGGUGUGGCGCAGCAACACCAAUGAGGAUGAAGACGACAAAUACGCGCUCGUUCUGCAGAGUGAUCGCAAUGUGGUGCUCUAUGGACCGGCGCUUUGGUCCACUCGUACGCAAAUAGGAUCGUAUGGAGUUGUCGUUGUUGCUGCGCAGAAUUCUAAUUCUAACCCUGCUGCUGCUGCUGCUGCUGCUGGGGAAGUGAUUGCUGAUGUUGGUGCCAGCGAUACACGUUGAUUAUAUUUGUUUGUUAGUAAUAUUGAGGGAUGCCGAACCUGGUUGUCUAUAAAUAAAAUGAGCGUGAGUGCAGGCUCACGCACGUUGUGUUUUUAAUUUCGUGGAUGCAAGUGGUGUCAUCGCUGUACUUCGGGAGAAUACUCCUCAUGUCCACUGGCGGUCUAAAUAAAGAGUUACUUUGGUUAAUA